CUGGGAAUUAAGAUAGACAAAGAUGUAGUGGUUCUGGAGAGGUAGUAACUUGAACCUUUACUCCCUAGUUUAUAAUUCUCCAUCUGGGAGCAUAUAAGGCCUUGGGUUCUAACUGUAAUAUCAGGGAGAGAGAUUUGGGACAGAUUUGUUUUCACAUGAACUUAAAGUAUGUGGACCACAGUAUCAGUGAGCUAUGGCCAGCAGAAGGGUAGAUCUCAGAAGAGCGUAGGCACAGAGAUCUGUGAACCCUCAGGGCAAGAUCAACAGAUGUUUUCUGUGGGCCGGCAGGGUUCUCUGUCUCUCUAGCUGAGAAGUAGUUCUAUUAUUCCCUGUUGGUAAGGCUUGGAGAACACAGACUUCCUCAGCAGGUGACUGACAGCCUCUUCGGUACUUUCUUCUCCGGCUGCUGGGCUGCUCAGAGGAGCACAGAGACCAUGGCACCUUUCAUUACUUGGAGAAAUGUCAUGUCAGAGAGAGCCUGAAGGAGCCAAUCAAGAGAAACAGCAACCCAGUCGAGGGUUACCAUCGACCAGAGAAGGAUGAGUCAGUGGUAACACAUUCACAACAAAAGAGAGCUGCUGGAGGGAGGAAUAACGCCUUAAAUACACAGAACUGUUGAAGUACUUCAAGAAAUCCAGGGAUAACACAUGAACUCAAGCCUUGCUAGGUCUUACCUAACAAAGAAGCCAGCUUGCUGGGGACACCGUGGGAGUGACGUACUGAUGCUAGAGUGUCAGCAAGGGCCGGCACAGGCACGAGCUCCAACUGUCCAGGCUGCAGGGAGGACACCGGGGUGCAGAUUCCUACAUUGACUGCAGCUGGGAGAGAGCCCUCUGUUCCUGAUGAGGCCACGCUCAAAAAGACUCGGACAGCACAGGACUCCUGAGGAAGCUCCUACACUUAGCUGUAGCCAGAGACCUGCAGGAGAUGCCCUGAACCUUUGUGAGAAGAGUGUGGGAGGUGGACGCCUGGUGCCUUCAGACCUUUCCCAGGACAUCCCCAUCCACACGGCAGAGGCCGACGCCCCAGCAGCCUCUAGGAAAAGGAAGCCCAUUUCCAGGGCUUCCAAGCGGCCCCGUGGACAGUUAAGGCCCUGCCAGGAUCUCUCAGCGCCUGCGGAAGAUCCCUCAGCGUUAGCCUCAUUGGCCCAACAUCCUCAGCAGAAGCCCCUUGCAGGCGGGUCUCAAAACUCAACGUUGCCCAAGGUUUUCCACAAAACCCGCAGGGGGAGGCGAGACCCCGCGAAGCUGGCAGCUGCCAUGGAGCGGGUGAGGCAGUGGGAAAUUGGCCUGCUUCAGAACCUCGAGGAAGCCGCGCAGCACCACCUCACUAUAGAAACCGAGGCUAAGAAACCAGCGAGCCAGGAGCGUCAGUUUACCACAGAAGACCAGCCAGAGCCCUUCUCCCAGGCCCACACAGGGCACAGACUUUUGCGUUUUUUGGACACAUGAUCAUUAAAUAGUCAACUACGGGAUUUUCUGUCGGGCACACAGUGGGCAGUAAAUGAUGGAACUAAUUCUCACGUACCAGCAUCCCCAGUGAAAUGCAGCCAGGAUGG